AUCUUUCUCUUUGGUUGGGUGCAGUGAGUGCAAAGUGCAAAGAAAAUAACAAUAAAGAUGAGUAGUAGCAGCAGUAACGUUAACUUGGAGACCCGUUCUCCGCUUGAUGAGGUUAUUUGCUUUAACAAAGGGGGACUCUUCGACCUUGGCCACCCUCUUCUCAACCGCAUAGCUGAGAGUUUCGUCAAAGCUUCUGGGAUUGGAGCGGUUCAAGCUGUGUCCCGUGAGGCCUAUUUCUCAGCUGUUGAUGGCAACAGGAUGGAUAACACUGGCGGUAUGCCUUCAGAAGUUUCUAAUGCCAAGAAACAUCGUUUGCAUGGUCUCAGAGGAGAGACCAGCAGCAAAUCCCUUGAGGCAAUGGUGAAGAAUACCGGGAAAGAGUCUUUACAAUGGGGAUUGGCAGCAGGAAUAUAUUCCGGACUCACAUAUGGGUUGAAGGAAGCUCGUGGAGCAAAUGACUGGAAAAAUAGCGCAAUGGCGGGAGGAAUCACUGGGGCAACACUUGCACUUACGUCAGGAGACACAUCUCAAGAACAUAUGGUGCAUUGUGCUAUCACUGGAGCUGCAAUCUCCACCGCUGCAAAUCUUUUAACUGGGAUAUUCUAAACGGGUGCCCUGUUUAGUGUUAAGAUUGGAUGUUCAGAGAUUGAUACAUUUUUCUUUUCUGUCUUAAGAUUUUCGACAGUUCCUUGGUACAUGUAUGUUUUAAGAAGAAUUUGCAAGGUUUUUCUUUUUAAAUUUGUUGUUCUCACUAGUUAUUAACCACCCCUCCUUGUCAAAGGCUUUUGAAUUCUUGCCCAAGCAAGCCCCCUUUCUUACU